UUCUUGUCUGGACAAGACGCUCUACAUAGGCCUACGUGGCAAUAAAACGACUUACAAGGAAGUGAUAUACGUCUGUUGUUUAAAACGGUUCUUUCAGUUAUAAAUUUCAAGGAAAUACUAUUACAAAUCCACGAAAACAAAGCCUGUGUAUACGGAUAUCUUAUAUGGCUGUUUAUGUGAGGAUAUUUGUGCUUGAAACUGGUUGAAGUAAGAAUAUAAUAUGCUUUAUAUUUUAAGAACGGCGAAUUAUCCGCGAAUAUAAAACAUGGCAUCAAGCUGUCUAUUUGGGCAAAAUUUGUAGAGCACAGCAAUCAGUAUGAUUAAGCAUCUAAUAUUUUCUGUAUUUUCAAUUUAGCAAAAUAUAGCGAGUAAAUAUGGCAUCAAAUUAUCCACUCGGGUACGAUGACGAAAGAUUCGACCAGUUUCAAGCACAAAUGUGCUUGAAACUGGUUGAAGUAAGAAUAUAAUUUGCUUUAUAUUUUAAGAACGGCGAAUAUAAAACAUGGCAUCAAGCUGUCUAUUUGGACAAGAUUUGUAGAGCACAGCAAACAGUAGCAUUAAGCAUCUAAUACUUGCUUUAUUUUCAAUUUAGCAUAACAGCGAGUAAAGAUGGCAUCAAAUUAUCCACUCGGGUACGAUGACGAAAGAUUCGAAUCGAUAGUGAACCAAAAUUUCCACUGUUUGAUUUGCUAUAACGUAUUGAAAGACCCCGUGAUGUGCCGCAGAAACGAGCAUUAUUUUUGCCGCGGCUGCAUCACGGAACAUAUUCGUAGGAAUUCCCAUACAUGCCCAACGUGUGCUGACGAGCUGAGUGUCGAAACAUUGCAAGACGUUCCAAGAAUUGUGAAGAAUUACUUAAACGAACUAAGCAUACGUUGCGAUCAUUACGACAGAGGAUGUCGAGAACUCGUACAGCUGCAGAAUUUAAAGCGACAUGUCGCCGAAUGCGGGUUUACUCCAGUCGUUUGUGGAAAUCAAGGUUGUGGUGAGACAAUCAGUAAAAGAGAUCGUACAUAUCACGAGAGUGAACUGUGUCAAUUUAGAAAGUUGAAGUGUCACAACUGUGGAGAAAUCAGCACGAUGAUGGCUGGAAUGAAAACGGAAAUCGCAAACAUCAACACGAAUCAGGCGGAUACGAGAACGAAAUUGGCUAACACGAACACAAGCAUAGCAAAUAUGGACACGAAAAUGGCAGACAUCAACACCAAAAUGGCAAACACGGACACGAAACAGGAAAACAUGAACACGAAAAUGGGAAACUUGCAGGCGAACGUGGAAGCGAAGUUCGAAGCGAUGAAUAAUGAAGUGAAAGGAAUAAAAAUGAGUUUAAAUGAAGUAAAAGAUGGUUUUGAUCACUUGAAAGAAGCAGUACUUGAGAAGAUAGAGAGCGACGAAAGAAAGCAGGAGGAAAUUACAAGAGAUGUAAGUGGCACAGCGAGUGGCGGGAGAGAAAAUCAACAUAUAUUUGUUGCUGGUGGUUGGGAUAGAAACUCGGUAGAAAUAUUUAACUACCGUCAGAGAUUGUGGUCUUUAUUAAAGCCCAUGCCAGAGAAUCGUCACAGCGCAUCUUCAUUUAUUUACAAUAAUCAUGUGACUGUAGCGGGAGGUUGGUGUGAUGAUGCUGUAGAUAACAUGAUCCGAAUGAACAUUCACCCAGUCCCUGAUCUUUCAAUUAACUGGGCUGAUUUUGCUGCCAAACUCCCUGCAAAUAUGCAUGCACACAGCAAUGUGGUGUACAAGGAUAGCUUGUUGGUUACUGGAAGUCUUAAUGCCGAUCAAGGUGUCUACUCUGACUGUAUUCAUGAAGUCCAACUUAAACCACCUUACACUGUUAAACUGGUAUCCAAAAUGCCUGAACCAAGACUUCGUCACAGCACAGUACUGUGUGAUGAUAGUAUUUUGAUCGUUGGGGGAAGGAAAUCCGGGUACUCGAAAGACACCCUCAGCAGUGUGUUAAGCUAUGACAUCAAGAAGAAUGAAUGUCAACAGUUACCUGCGCUUCCCUAUCCAGUGAGUGAAAUGGCGACAGUCAAGUGGGCUGAGAAUGUCGUGGUCAUUGGUGGGGCUGACAAGGAUGGUAAAGCAUUAAACAAUGUUAUAAUUUAUAACAUCAAGACUGGAAACAGUUAUAUGUUGCCUCCCAUGUUACACAAGAGGAAUGGAUGUAUGGCAGUUGUUAUUGAGAAUACAAUUGUAGUACUGGGAGGCAAGGAUGAGAGACUGAAAUAUUUGAAAUCAGUUGAAGGUUUCAAUUUCGAGCGAUUUUCAUGGCAAGAACUUCCUGACAUGAAGGAAGCCAGAUGGUUAGCUACAGCCGUUGUGAUCUAGACAUGAUGGAAAAUUAUUGUAUAUAUAAUUUGUAGAAUUUUUGAACUUUGACAUAUAUCUCAAAAGUUUUGGAAUUUAGCAUAGAUCAAAGAACUUCUUGACUGUUGUGAUGUGGAAUUUUUUUAAAUAUUAUGUAGAGUAGAAUGUUAGAAUUAAUGCAUGGUAGAAAUUUGAAAUAUACUUUGAUAUUUUUUCUGGUUUAUAACAUGUAGAUUAAAGAACUAUUUUAUCCCAUAACCCAACAGUCUUGUUGUUCACUCUCGUGAACUUUGAGCCGGUUCAAGUUUUUGAUGAAAGAUGAUUAGAGUUUUUGUUCGUUUGACCAGAACAUCCAGUCAACUCUCUUUAACUCCCAUGCCACUCUUGUUC